CCUCCGACGUCACUUUUUCCAAAUGUCACGAAAUGUCAAUCGCGAGUUUUAACCGAUAAUCUUAAAACGGAUUAAAAAUGCAUCGAUAUUGUGUAAAAUUACGCUCGCUUUUAUCGCAAAAUAUAUCCCCGACUAGAUAUUAUAGCGUGUCGUCGCUUGAUAAUCCAGUAAUCGACAAAAAUUACAGCAUUAGAGAUGAGGUUAUCGUCGGACGACCUCUGUAUAUGGACGCACAAGCCACUACGCCCCUCGAUCCGAGGGUGCUUGACGCCAUGUUACCCUACUUGACCUCCUAUUACGGCAACCCCCAUUCGCGGACGCACGCUUACGGUUGGGAAUCAGAGGCGGCUGUCGAAAAGUCGAGGGCGCAAGUGGCGAGCAUCAUCGGGGCUGACCCCAAAGAAAUCAUUUUCACGUCGGGGGCCACCGAGUGCAACAACAUUGCAGUCAAAGGGGUCGCUAGGUUUUACUCGUCGAAAAAGAAGCACAUCAUAACGACACAAACAGAACACAAAUGUGUUUUGGAUUCUUGUCGCGCGCUCGAAGCUGAAGGUUUCAAGGUCACUUAUUUACCGGUUGGUACCAAUGGGAUUAUCUCGCUCGAAGAUCUGGACAAAGCCAUCACCCCUGAAACCUCCCUGGUUUCCAUAAUGGCGGUGAAUAACGAAAUCGGGGUCAAACAACCGGUGGCAGAAAUCGGGCGGCUUUGUAAACAGAAGAAGGUUUUUUUUCACACGGAUGCGGCCCAAGCUGUGGGAAAAGUCCCCAUUGAUGUUAACGCAAUGAAUAUUGAUUUGAUGUCCAUCAGUGGUCACAAAGUCUAUGGACCUAAAGGUGUGGGUGCUCUUUACGUCCGCCGCAGGCCUCGCGUGCGCGUUGAACCAAUUCAGAGUGGUGGGGGUCAAGAGAGGGGGAUCAGAAGUGGCACCGUCCCUACUCCCUUAUCAGUAGGAAUAGGCGAAGCCUGCGCUAUAAGUCAGAGAGAGAUGGAGUAUGACCACGCCUGGAUGGAAAAGUUGAGCAAGCGACUCAUGGACCAGAUUUUCGGGACGUUGAGUCACGUGAUCAGGAAUGGCGACCCCGUGCACUCGUACCCGGGGUGUAUUAAUCUAUCGUUUGCGUUUGUUGAAGGUGAGUCACUAUUGAUGGCCUUGAAGGACGUGGCGCUAUCUAGUGGAUCUGCGUGUACUUCGGCCUCUUUGGAGCCGUCGUAUGUUUUAAGAGCCAUCGGGGCUGAUGAGGAUCUGGCACAUAGUAGUAUAAGGUUCGGCUUUGGCCGCUUCACCACAAUCGAGGAAGUGGAUUAUACGGCGCAAAAAUGUAUCCAACACGUGGCAAGACUGCGCGAGAUGAGUCCUCUGUGGGAAAUGAUACAGGAAGGAGUUGACUUGAAGACCAUCAAAUGGUCACAGCACUAGUAUAUUUUUGGAAAAUAGGCUUUAAUGUAAUUAUCUCGUAACAAUAAAAUUAUUUUAUUUUA